AGUAAUGGGAAUGAACACUUGACCAAUAUCUUGCCAGUUUGUAGUACUUGGUUGCUGAAAACACAUCUGCCCCAUUGUCUUCCACUGGGACUUUUGUGCUGCUGGAAUUUCAUUUUUAGAAAAGAUAAAAGUCCUUAAAGGAGAAAACUAUUAGAACUCAUGAUCAUUUCUUUAUGCUGGAGUUUCAUGUUCGCUUUCCGAUUACGAGAUGUAUUGCCUUUUGCUGUUGAUCCUCUUAUUUUGCAGCAAGGCGAAAAGUCAAGAUAACGUGUUCACUAUCAAUAAAGUUUCACUCCAGGCUUUUCCACAAAACGAAAUACACAAUGGAGUACCAUUCAUCCUCAACUGUUCUGUGGAUAUUAGCAAGAAUGAACAUUUCCGACUGAAUUACACGUUUUCAUUUUUCAAGGAUGGUGAGCUUCUGUUCACUAACACAGUUGAACAAGAUAGCGCCCAGUAUACAAUCUCAAAGGCUAGAUUUUCUUCUUCAGGACAAUAUGAAUGUUCAUUAAGUGUUGAGGAGAAAAAAAAAUUCAGUGACCCUUUGACCGUUAAAGUUGAAGGCAUAAUGAAGCCGGAAUUGAGUGUCCUGAAAACAGAAGUGAUGGAAGGUGAAAAUGUACUUUUACGCUGUGAAAUGCCAGAUGAAAAGCCACCUUUAAUUUUCACAUUUUAUAAAACUAAACAGUCUGCAAAUGGAGUUGUACAAGAGAGAAAACGAAUAUCGAAACUUGAAAAUUUUGUUGAGUUAGAAUUUCCCAUUGAUGCCGGAGAUAGUAUUUUAAAUUUUGAAUGUGCUGUCGAGAUGAAUUUAGUGACAGGAUCUCAAGCUUCAGGGCGCAGUAACCGAACAAUAGUCACAGUUUCAGAACCAUUUUCUGUUCCUAAAAUAACCAUCGACUCACCACAGAAUAUUACCGAAGGGGAUAAGAUUUGUAUAACAUGUUCAACUGUCCUACUUCGCCAGGAUCAAACUGAAAUUAUCUUGCAGAAAAAUAAAACAAUUCUGAAUAGCACAAAGGGCAGAGAGACCCUAACAUAUUGCAAGAUAGUCAAGUUGGAAGACAAUGGCAAUUAUAUUUGCACAGUGGAGCAUGGAAGUGUAUCUAAAACCUCUGGAGAAGAACUUGUGGUGACUGAACUGUUUUCCAAACCGAUGUUAGUGGUUAAUAAAACCAAGUGGGACGAAAACAGCAUCGUACGAAUUCAGUGUCAAGUGAAUGGCCCAAUGCCGAUCAGUCUCUCGCUCAUAAAGGACAACAAAAUAUUGAUAAACUCCAGCAUUUACACGGCUCAACUCCGUGUAUCUGACAGUGGAAUCUAUAUGUGUAGAGCAGAGAUAAACAACAUUUCCAAGGAAAGUGACCCAGUAUUUCUCCACAUUUAUGCUCCAGUUUCUCUGCCUGUCCUUUCUCAACCAUUUUCCCAAGUAGGUGUUCUGGAUAAGUUCUUUGUCUUACAAUGCUACUCAAAGUUUGGGACUCUGCCUAUAACAUACUCCCUUUACAGAGGGAAUAUAUAUAUCAGGAAGAUUGUGACUGAACAAAAUGUGCCAGCAAACUUUACAGUCAAAGCGACUAGCAUCCAAGAGUCUGGACAAUACAGGUGCCAUGCUAACAAUGGCCACUCUAUUUCACAACAAAGCAAAAGGAUAAAUGUCACAAUAAUAGCUCCUGUUGUUAAUAUAACUUUUAAAAGAGAACCAGAGGAGAACAUAGAAGAUGGCAAUGGACUCGUAUUUUUCUGCUCAGUUGCAUCAGGAUCCUUCCCUAUUGAGUUCCACUUUUUUAAAGAAAACGAUGGCAAAUCCUUACAUCAGGUCAUAGAAAAGAAAAAACAGGUAGUUUCUUGGGCGAAGGAAAGCUUCACAAGCCAGGAUGAAGGGAGUUACUUCUGCAGAGCUGACAACCAAGCAAAAUCUUUUGUGGAAAGCCAGAAGAUCCUUGUCAAGGUUGUCAUGGCUUCGUGGAAGAAAGGACUUAUUAUAACCACAAUCCUCCUGAUUUUUCUUGCUGCUAUAAUUACAAUCAUUUGGUUGAAUUGUCGUUCGAAAGCAAACGCGAAAAACAUUUCUACGGAGUUGGCUGUAUCCAAAAGAGCAACCAAUUCAGUGGAUGGGAAACGGAUAACGGGACAAAAUAAUGAAGGAGAAUUCUAUUAUGGUUCGGGGUAUAAUGAAGAUGGUGAAAAAAAUCAUAUCAGUGCAAAAGAGGAUAAUAGAGGAUCUGACCUUGAAGUUCCUGAAGUGGAAUAUACGGAAGUACAAGUAUCGGUGCCUGACCCUUACCGAGCUCCUGUAACAAAUAAUGAGACAGUUUAUACUGAAAUCAGAAAAACUAUUAAUGAUGCCGGGGAGAACAGACAUUCUGACAGGGAGGAAAGCACAAAGAUGUGGCCAUGAGAAAACACCCUGAGGGAUCAGGAACCAGCUUCCACUGGAAAAUAAGAUGAUUUUAAUUUAUCCUCUUACCCUUGAGCUCUUCGUGUCCCUUUCUGAACUAUCCUAGAGAAUCUUUCAAUGCUCCAGAGCGAUUUUUCAGGGGAACAGGGGAAUUUGCAAACAUUAUCCCUCUCCUCCUUCAGCAUCCUGUAAUCUCUGAACUCAAGCCAACAUAUAUUUAGGUCGAAUAUUGAGAACACUUCCUAAGCACAAAUUCAAUCAUGCAAUCAACUGCUCUGGAGUCUCCUUUCCUGGUAGCUUUCAAGGAUAAUCUAAACUAGAGCCUGCCCUUUAAUUCUAAAGCUUUUUGCCACAGGAUCCUUUCUUCAAAAUUCAAGAUUCAGCUGAUCAUCUGAACAAACUUUGUUCAUCAUACAGUAACCUUGUUGAGAAUGGUCAUAUAACUCCUGUGGCCUGUUAAACUCUGUUGAGGUAUUUCCAACAAGGGAACAAGGCAGGUAUUGGUGUGAGAUGAGUGCUGUGCAGAUCCCAC